AUUCGUUACCAAAAAGCAGAAAAUUAACGGAGUAAAAUUAACUAUUUACGGAUUCUUUGAAAUUUCGUUAAUUCAACGGAUUAAAUAUUCAAAUCUGUUAAAAAUAUAUUUGAACUUUCAAUUAUAAAGGUUUCCAAAAGAAGUUAUGAAGUGCUACCUCUGUAGAUUAUAUUUUUCACCAUUUCGUGUCCUUUUUUCUCACUUUCGAAAUUUUCAUGGAUUGGCUUCGAGAGGUUCUGAAGUCAAAUGCACUUUUGAAAAAUGCAAUAGAUUCUUCAUAAGUUUCACAACGUUAAAAAAACACUAUAAAACCCAGCAUUCAACAAUAGUUCCUGAUGAGAUUAAAGCUUCAAGUUCAACUACAACUAAUAUUACUGAUGAAGAAAUAACAAUUGAAAGUCAAACUAAUCAUACAGAUGACAUUAUUGAGGUUGUCGAGAAUCCUACAUGCAUCAAUUUAGAAAUAUCAAUUAUGAAAUUUUUUUCAGAAUUAUCUGCAAAAGCUAACAUUACUUUGUGUAACUCACAAAUUAUAAUGGAAAAUAUGAUUGGAGUUAUUAAUGACAUAUCACUUUUUGGUUCACAACUACUUAAAGAUCUGAUAAUCCCGUUAAAUUUAGCGCAGGAUAAUACAAUUAUCAAUGAAGCUUUAAUGAAAAUGCUAAACAUUAGUAAUAUAACAAAUAACAUUGAUACAAUUUAUAAAAGAGAGAAGUGGUUAGUGGAUAAUGGUUUUUUUAUAAAACCAAUAGAAAUACCUCUUGGCGUGCGAUUAGAACAAAGAUUUUCAGCUGGUCUAAAGUCAAUGCAUUCUGUAACUGUAGAAGAUAAAUGCUAUUUUGUUCCAAUUGAUCAGAUUCUUGCCAAGAUUAUGGAGUCUGUUAUCGAAAAAAUUAUUUUUCCAGUGUGCAGUCCUAGUUCGAUUCCAACAAGAGUUAGAGAUUUCUUUGACACACGCAGAUUUCACAAUCAUCCUUUUCUCCAAAAAUUUCCAAAAACGUUUUUACUACAUUUUUUUAUUGAUGCAUUUGAAGUCACAAAUGUGUUAGGAAGUCACACGAUUGUCCAUAAACUUGAGGCUUUAUACAUGCAAGUUCGAAAUGUUUUGCCAGAAUAUCAGUCUAAGACAGACAGCAUUUAUUUGAUUGGACUGUGGUAUGCUUUAGAUGCACAUAUUACAAGCUACUCGUAUGACAAUGUUUUAAAAAAUGUUUUGUGUCAGCUUCAAGAAUUAGAAAGUGAGCAAGGGGUUCAAGUUAAAGUAAAUGGAAAGGAAAUAACUAUUCAUGCGAUAAUUGUCAUUUUUUAAGCAGAUAAUUUAGGAGCACAUUCUUUAUUUGGUUUUAUGGAAAGUUUUCGUGCAACAUAUUUUUGUCGUUUUUGUAAAUGUACUCAAACUGAAUUGCAAGAAACCUUUAGGUCAAUAGCUUUUGAAAAGCGAACAAAAGCUGACUACAAUCGGUGUAUAGUUGAAUCUCAACCAACUGAUUAUGAUCCUUCUAAAACUGGCAUAAAACAUGGUUGUUCUUUUAACUGUCUCAACUGGUUUCACUGUGUAGAACAAAGUGCUGUUGAUUGUAUGCAUGAUUUGCUGGAAGGGGUAGUGCCAUUAGAAAUAUGCCUAGUGUUACGGACUCUGACAGAGAAAAAAAUUAUAUCCAUUUUAGAUAUAAAUAAUGCUAUAAAUAAUUUUAAUUACUCCUUGGCAGACAAAAAUAGCAAACCACCAGAAAUAAAUCUUCAAAAUAUACGCAUUCAAGCUGCUGAAUCAUGGUGCCUAAUACGGAAUUUGCCUCUCAUGAUCGGAAAAUAUAUUCCAGAUGAAGAACCCCACUGGAAACUUUUAAUUCUGUUAUUACGUUGUUUAGAUAUUAUUUUUGCUCCAGCAAUUACAGAUGGUCUUAUUACUCAGCUUGAAUUUUUAAUUGAAGAGCAUCAUUGCUACUUUAAAUCAGUUUACCCAGAAAACAGGUUAAUCCCAAAGCAUCACUUUAUGCUGUAUUAUCCAGAGUGUAUGGCUAAGUUUGGACCUUUGAGUAGAUAUUGGUGUAUGCGAUUUGAGGCAAAACAUUGUUUUGCUAAAGAACUUUCUUCAGUUAUAUGUAACUUUAAAAACAUCUGUUACUCUGUCAUGCAUCGAUACCAAUUAAAACUUGCUAAUUGCUUAUUUAGUCGGUCAUUAUAUUCAGAUAUUAAACAGCUGGGUAAAUGUGAUAAAGUUAUUAUUGGAAAUUUGCAUGUGGAAAUCGGAAGCAUCAUAUGUGAAUCAUUAAACUUGAAUAUAUUUGAUGAAGUUUAUGUUUCUUGUUCGAUUACUUUUGGAUCAUAUCUAAUCAAAUUAGGUUGCAUUUUGUGUCAUGAUGUAGUAGAAGGUUAUCCACAAUUUGGAGAGCUGCUCUGUAUUGUUUAUAUUGCACCUAAAUCUUUUUUGGUGCUGAAUCCACUAGAAACAAUAAAUUUUAAUGAGCAUUUUUAUGCUUAUGUGGUACAAAGAAAUGAAAUUUUGUGUAAAAAUAUUGUUAUCAAUGCAGAUAGUUGUAAAGAUUAUCAUCCUUAUAACAUUACUAACUUAUGUGACCAAAUGUUUAUCGGCACACGUUACAGAAUUUUUUAAUUGUUAUUGUUAGCCAUUGUAAUUUUAUUAUUAAAUAAUUUCACCGCUUAUUAAGAAAAACUGCAUAUUGAUUACAUAGUAGUGCAUUAUAGCAAAACUCUUUUAGUUUGCUUUAAAUAUUUAUUAUAUGAAGAUGUUGUUUUUUAAUACUAUAUGCUACAGGGUCCCCACAGUCCAGGAGUUUGACUAGUGUCCUGGAAAGACCUGGCAUUUUUUCUUAAACAUUACUAACAAAUUAGAAAAUGGUCCUGAAAAGUCUUGGAAUAAGGUGUUUUUUUUUUUCUGUGGGAACCCUGUACUAUAACAUACUAUAAAAUUUAUAUAUAAAAUGAUUUUGAAUAUAUAUAUAUAUAGAAAUGAUUUUGAAAACAUUGAUAUCUGUUUUAGUUUAUAUCAUUUCUGACUGAUAUAUAUAGAAUGUCUCUUAUUUUGAAAAUAUGGUCUGUUGAUCAAUCCAAAAAAAAAAUAGUUUUGCUGAAGAAAGAUAAAGACUUCGUUACUAAGGUUGCCAGUAAAUUUGGUUUGUUGUCAGGAAAUGAUCUUAAAUUUGCAUUUCAAACCGAUGGAACAGAAAUUGAUGAUUUUGACUACGAAGUGUUGAAACAUUUUUCUGAUAGCGGUACAACUAUUACAGUGCUUGUCAAUGAUGAGAAAUGGGUACCUAACAACUUGGCUGUGUUUACCCCUGAGGUUUGCAGUUCUGCAUAUAUUAAAGAGGACUGUUUUGAUACCAAUAAAGCAUUUGUCUUUACCGGCCAAACGAUAUUGAGUCAGGAUGAUACAUUUUCUUGUUCAAAUGUGUUAAAGGCUUACCUAGCACAACAUCCAAAUACCUUACAAUAUAUGAAUGAAAUAAAUAAUUUCAAUGUCAAUUGCAAUGCAAGACAACAUAUUGUUAGAGUUGUUAUGCACAAAAUGGUUUGCUUAUAUGGAAACUAUCCAAACAAAUUUCAAAAAAGCAAUGUUGCAGUAUUGCUAGGUGAAACUCUUGGAUUGCCAAGCAGCAUUUUUUAUGAUCCUGUAAGUUAUAAUGGGUAUCUUGACAGGGCUCUGGAAAAUGCAAGGAGAAAGUUAUUGCCUUCAGCUAAAAAGCAUACCUGGUCACAAAAAAGGGAAGCAGUUAAAAUCAAAAUACCUGAUUCUACUGUUUCCAGGGUUUUUACUGAAGAAACAGAAGAAGCUUCUUGCUCAAAAAAAUGGAAAGAAGGAUGUCCUCGUGGCUUGGCAGAUUGUAUGAUAUGUGGAGGUGUUUCAAACAUUGAAGAUGUUGACAAACUAAGAUAUCUUGCCUCCAUCAGAGUCGAGGAAAUAAAACGAUGUACACAAUCUACUUUUUGUUUGCGACAGACAUGGGUUGCAGAUGAGAAACCAGUCUUGUCUACGAUUAUAAAAAAUUAUCCUAAAUUUGCAUUAAUUCCUGAAUUGAUUGAUAUUGAAUUUUCAACCAAAUAUCCUAUAUGUAAGCCACAUUUAUUGGAUACAUUUUUGAAUAAAACUGUUCAGCCACUUUAUCAGUAUUGUGGACUAAUGAAAGUUAGUUAUCUGACAAACCUAGUCAAUGCACCUAACCAGAGUAAUGAUGAUUGGCGAGUGUAUAAUGCAUGCAAAAUGUUAUGCUAUUUAUUACGGAAAGGAGGAAAGCAAAGGAAAUCUGCCCCUGAGAUAAUGGAACACAUUAUGAUAUGCAAUGUCGGUGAGUCGAUUGCAUUUUUCGCAGAAAAUCUUGAGAACCCAUAUCCUGUUUUGUUAAUACAAGGGCAGGAAGGCGAAACUAUUUUAUCAAUAAACAUUGCAUAUGAAAAAAAAAUAAUCAAUGCAGGCAAAUCUAUAACGGAAGGUAUAGAUCGAAUGCUUAAACUUUACUGGUGUUUCAAUAUUCAAUAUGAUCCAAUUUCUGAUUAUUUUUGGCAGUUUAUUCAGACUCAUUAUGAUCUUGACACUGGAAAAAAGCCUAAAUGUGUAAUUGAACUACUGGCUAGUUUACUAAAAUAUACAAUGUAUUCAAGUGAUAGUUUCUGAUUUUUUUUAUCUCUAACAAAUAUGUUUUUAUUUUAUUGAUUUAAUCUAUCUUGAUAUCUUUUUUUAAACUGAAAGAAAAAAGCUCAAAAGAGACUCUUUUU